AUGUCAGAGUCGCGUCUUAGUGAAGCCCUAUCUAGCGGGAUCGUGGAGUCUUCCGACGGCCCUUCCGCGCAGCUCAUCUCCGAAGCACAGUCAAUAAAAUUGCCCAAGCGUUCUGACCUGGCGUCUAGCAGUCAAGAGUCUACCAGAGAGCGACGUCUGCGCAUCUCAAGCGUACAGCUUCCUCGAAUUGAAGCUGGACUAGCAGAAAAGAAUGCCAAGCUGAAGCUGCUCCGGGAUGCCGAGGCCAAACUACAAGCAGAAAUCAGUGCGGCCAUGGCGGAACAGAAGCGGCUCAACGAGGAGAUGAGUACACUCGACUUGGAAUCCAAAGAAUCUACACCUCUCCCCAGUGGCCAAGAUUCUGAGGUUCCAUCUGCUGAGCGAGAUGUCCAGCCGGGCGGGCAACCGUCGCCUACAACACCAUCGGGAGAUCAACAGGACGAGCCCAGCGUUGAAAUGUCUGGUGCACUCUCGCCAGACACACAUCGUGAUGACUUACCUGUGGAUGUUCCCAAAGUAGUUGCUGCCAGUGUCGAGCCCGAGGCCACCCAGGAACAGCCUGAGGACCAGUCAGAUUCACGCGAUACUCAUGUUGACAGUCACAGCGCCGAAGUGGCAACGUCAGUGCAGGGUGAACUCGUUUCUUUGCCAUCGGUUGAGGUCGAGACUGAAGAUGUUGAUGUCGCAAUGGACAUGGGAUCUAUUGAUGAAACGACCGAGCCCAUUGCUGCUUCAUCUGGUGUGGAUGAUGAUAUAACUCACAGCGUCGCCGACGAUCCCGAGAUGCUGAGGCCUCCCGAGACCACAGGUCGAGAUACUGCAGAUCAAGCUCAUAUUGACACUCCAUCCUUCAGUCCUGCCCCAGUGGACCCCACCAUAAGCAUUACAGAAGACACCCCUCAGCUUCAAGUGCCCGAGGCUCUUGAAACAUCCGGAACCAUGCCGACGCAGAUAUCCAGCGUGGACGUUCAAGCGAACGAUGCGGCGCUGGAGGAGCAUGCAGAAACCGCAGAUGCCCCCAGAGAAGAUGAUGAUGAGCACACAUCCGAAGUCCGAACAUCCUUUGUUCCGUACGAAAGCCCAUUGCAAUACUUCCAUGCCUACCGCUUCCACCCCAAUUACAGUAAAUCUGUGCCAGGAGGCUUGAAAUCAUUGACGUACAGCAACAGGAUUGACACAAAGAAGGAAGUAUGCCCUUACGAGCUCGACGGUCAAGCAUGUCCUAAAGGGGAUGACUGCGAGUUCCAGCACUUCCAGAAGAUGGCGGCGCCCGAUGACCAAAUCCUCCUGGAAUUGGGUCAGUCGGACGAGUACGCCGGCGACGACAAGACGCGCUUCAUGGCUGGUCUGCGACAACUGCUCACAGAGUUCCGUGCUGCCAAGGUUAAAGACUUUGCCAGCAUUGCUCAGGGCAUCGUCGACUACCGCCGUCGCUUUCUAAAUGACUCGUCCAAGGUCCUACGCCUCGAAGGCGUCCAUAUUUAA